AUGAAAUACGUUGUUGUAUCCGGAGGUGUGAUUUCUGGUAUUGGUAAAGGGGUUUUGGCAUCGUCCACUGGUAUGCUUCUUAAGACCUUAGGUCUUAAGGUGACUUCUAUUAAGAUCGACCCGUAUAUGAAUUUAGACGCGGGUACUAUGUCACCAUUGGAACAUGGGGAAUGCUUUGUGUUGAACGACGGUGGAGAGACUGAUCUUGAUCUAGGAAACUACGAGCGUUAUUUGGGAGUCACGUUGACCAAAGAUCACAACAUCACGACUGGUAAGGUGUAUUCGCAUGUUAUUGCAAAGGAGAGAAGGGGCGAUUACUUGGGCAAGACGGUUCAAGUUGUGCCCCAUUUGACGAACGCGAUUCAGGAUUGGAUUGAGCGCGUUUCGAGGAUUCCUGUAGAUGACUCUGCUAUGGAGCCGGAUGUUUGUAUUAUUGAGCUUGGUGGUACGGUUGGUGACAUUGAAUCCGCACCAUUUGUGGAGGCGCUCAGACAGUUUCAGUUCCGGGUUGGAAGAGAGAACUUUGCAUUGAUUCAUGUGUCCUUGGUUCCUGUUAUUCAUGGUGAACAGAAGACCAAGCCUACUCAAGCAGCAAUCAAGGAUUUACGUUCUCUUGGGUUGACGCCAGAUAUGAUUGCUUGUCGUUGUUCGGAGACUUUGGACAAGCCAACUAUUGAAAAGAUUGCAAUGUUCUGUCAUGUUGGACCUGAACAAGUUGUGAACGUCCAUGACGUCGCUUCGACUUACCAUGUGCCAUUGCUAUUACUAGAACAGAGGAUGAUUGACUAUUUGGCUGAGAGAUUAAAGUUAUCUGACAUCUCUUUGAAUGUGGAAGACAAACAGCGUGGUGACAAAUUGUUAGCGCGUUGGAGGCGUUUGACCACUUCAAUUGAUGAAUCUUUUGAAACAGUCAAGAUAGCCCUUGUGGGUAAGUACAUAAACCUGAAGGACUCCUAUUUAUCAGUCAUCAAGGCUUUGGAACACUCUUCUAUGAGAUGUCAGAAGAAGUUAGAAAUUGUCUGGGUCGACGCGUCGUACCUAGAACCGCAAGCCAAUGAAGCUGAUAAACAGCACUUCCAUAAGGCGUGGAAGGAUGUGUCUUCGGCGGACGGCAUCUUAGUUCCUGGGGGAUUCGGUACUAGAGGAACAGAAGGUAUGAUAUCAGCUGCAAAAUGGGCUCGUGAGAAUAACGUCCCAUAUCUGGGAGUUUGUCUGGGCCUUCAAAUCGCUACCAUUGAAUUUGUAAGAAACGUAUUGAACAUCGAAGGCGCCACAUCGUCUGAGUUCUACCCAGAAACCCCAGAAGACAAACAAGUUGUGGUUUACAUGCCUGAGAUUGAUAAAGAAAACAUGGGAGGUACCAUGAGACUUGGCUUAAGGCCAACUACUUUCCAACACGAUACAGAAUGGUCAAAGAUCAGAAAACUAUAUGGUAAUGCAGCCACUGUGGAGGAAAGGCAUCGUCACCGUUAUGAAAUUAACCCCAAGCUCAUUCCAGAACUGGAAAAGAAGGGUCUGAUGUUUGUCGGUAGAGAUGACACCGGGCAGAGAUGCGAGAUAUUUGAGCUGAAAAACCACCCAUAUUAUGUUGCUACCCAAUACCACCCAGAAUAUAUGUCUAAAGUGUUAGAUCCUUCUCAACCUUUCUUAGGUCUAGUCGCCGCCUCUGCAGGCGUGCUCCAAGACUUUUUAGCAGAAGAGAGCAUCCGAGCAGCACAGGUCAAAGCUGACUUCUAG